ACUUGAAAGUUAUGAUAGGCUACUCGUGUAGCUCUUUAUUUAAAAUUGAAAUAUAUCCGUGUAAAUAAUAUUUUUGUCUGGACAUAGUUAUAGUUUUAAAAUGGAUUGAUUAAUAAUUGAUACUUUAUUGAAACUGUUUAAAAAGUAAUUUGGGAGUUAUAAAAGACUUUGAAAUGGGAAAUACAAAAUCUAAGAAAAUUCAAAGAGAGCCCGAUAAAUUUUUUGAACGAGAGCGAUGGAAGCAACAAAAACUUGAAGAGAAGAAGAAAAAGAACCUGAAUUUCCACAAUAAGAGAUCGGCAGCUAAGGAUCAACCAAUAUCGCCUGCCGUUUCAUUGUCGCCUCCUGUCCUUGGCCCUGGCCCGAUACCUUCGCCGGCGCACGUCCGCUCUUACGACGAAGAGGCGUUAGAUCGCAUGCGUUAUCAACUCAACAAUGAUUCUGAUGCCUUUUUGUUGAACAAUAUUCUGUUGUCAGUACAGUUUUUCGAGAAUUAUGAACGGGAGAUGCAUGAUAUCAAGAACAAUCCCGUGAGUGAUCAUCAACAUACAAUGGAUGAAGCAAUGGUACGACGCCAUAAGCAUGUAUUUUUUGCUGAUAGAAUACAAGAGUGCGUACAAGAGCAUGUAACUUAUCAAAGACGUCGAGAUCAAACGGAAUCGCUCACUUCUCCAAGAUUAUUCAUAAUUUAUGACAAUAUUGAAGCAAGUGAGCCUGGAGACACUUCUGAUUAUUGUGCAGUCCUGGAUGCACCGUUUUAUAAGCUUCGGGUAGAAGAUUGUAAAGAGCCAGGUUACGUCAAGCUUAAGAAGUUGGAAGUUUUGGAAAGCACUCUACAUAAAGAAAAUGGAUCAAAUAUAGUACCUGAGAUAAACAAUUCUGAUGACAGUAUAUUCACUGACUCAGAGAAGGAGUCGAAUGCAUCUGAUGACUAUCCGUAUAGCAAAAAAAACGGAAGUGGUUUAAAAAAAAUUAAGAAGCGAUUAUCUAAUUUAAGGCCAGACGAAAUCGAUAAAAAUAUAAAUGUAGAAAUUUACGACAUGAAUGCAAAAUUGACCUUAGAUACGACAGAUAUGUUAUCAAAUUUAAAUAACCAACACAUUUCUUUUGAUACUGGAGAAAAAGAAGAAAUUGACGAGCGGGAGGUGAAGCCUCGAAAAUCUAUUUUAAAAAAUACUCGAAGAUUUAGUAUGCCAACAAAAGAAAUUCAUAUAGCAAACUCUGUUUCGAGGCAUGUCUCUUUAGAUAACGUAGCAUCCGAAGAUACGGAAACUUCAGGAUAUCGAUCAAACACUAGUCGCCAGACAGAAAUGAGUGAAACUGAAUCUGAUUAUGGUUAUGCAACUAUAACUGAUUCAACCACAUCUAAAAAAGUUGAACUUACUUUACAAUCUAAUUACACAUCAGCAUCCGGAGUUUUGCCAGACGAAAGUUGGGUUACAGUCAAUGUUAGAGCUAUUGAAUGGAGCGAUGACGAAGAUGAUGAUACAGCAUCAAAAGUGUCAUUAAGUCGAAAUCUAUACGAAACUUGCCACUAUCUCAGUUCGAUAACCUUCAUGAUUGACUUUGUCGACAAUUUCAUACUUAAUUUGGGAUCUGGGUUAGGUUUUUCACAAGAAACAAUUACAAAUGCUCUUACGCAGGGAGCAAGUAUAUAUUGUAAUUCAAUAAAUAAUGGCUCAUAUGCCAGUUAUGAAGUUUUUCCUGCUUUGAUAGCUGCAUGGCCAAAUGUCGCUAAUCAAUGGAUUAUACGAGAAAGAAGAAUAGUACAAAACCCAAGAACAAACUUUACUUACCAAUGGCCCACGAAGUACAUGGUAAGCAAAGCAAUUGGUUUCGGUUGCUUAUUAGUGCCGAUAGGAUUUAGGCCGAAACGAGGAAUUAAUCCCGAACAAAGAUUGCAGUGGCGAAUUAUCUUUCCUGCAGCUGAACGUUAUUUAGAAAGCUGUUUAGCUCAUUCUCACAUGAGAUGUUAUCUUUUCGCCUUGAUUCUUCAGAAAACCUUUAUGGACAAUGAAACAUCUAAAAUAGGGAUAGACGCAAGUCACAUAAAAAACCAUCUAUUUUGGCAGUGUGAAGAAAAUUAUGCAAGGUGGCCGGAGGAUCGCCUUGGGGAAUCUUUACGUUUAUUUUUACGCAGUUUUUAUGUACACUUUGGUCAAUCACGUUUUCCAAAUUACUUUAUGGAAAGUUGUAAUGAUUUCAAAUCAAUUCCAAAGCCUAUAUUAUUGAAGUUACAAAGAAAAUUAGCUGAUAUUCUCGAGGCACCAGUUAUGCACAUGUUACAUGCAAUUAACAAAAUUAAAUAUACAAAGAAAGAUUUUUAUCCGACGUUUAAUUGUCAUAGACUAUAUGACAUCUUAACAUGCAAAAACCCGUUACGUAUCAUAAAUCCAAACUUACCUGUUGUUACGACUAGCUAUGACGUAUCUACCGACAGUGAUGAUGAACAAAUAAAUAACAUUUGGGAUAAGGCUAAAGCACAUGAUAAAAAUUACCAAUGGAAAAAAGAAAAACAACGACAAAUGAAAGAAAGAAGACGUGCUAAUGUAUCAAACAAAAAUCAAAAAACGUCUGGAAAACUGGAAAAGGAAAUAAACACUAACAUAAUAUUACCAAAGAAAUUGGAACCCGAACGACGCCGUCUUGUAUUGGAGUUCUUUAUACCUCAUUUCAUUGCUAUGGCACGAUCAAGCGAAAAAUUCGACUCCUUAAGACAAGCUGUUAUAUACCUUGAGCAAGCUCAGCGAUUGUGUUAUUUAUUAAAGGAAGAACCCGCUGGUGACGGUGUUGCGUAUGAGUAUUUAGAAGUGAUUCGUGACUUAUUAGCCGACUGUCGACGUAAAUUAGUAAAUCAGGGUGGCUAUAAGCUACCUCUGCGAGAGAAGACAAACUUAAAACACAGUGUCUCAAACACAAAUAUGAUUCGUAAACAUCGACCAAGAUAUGAACAUAUCGUAAAUCAAGAUGCUACUUCUGAUGCUGGAAGCAUACAACCGUUAGCUUUUGUGGAAGUUCACGUUGAAAACGUGUCAAACCAGGAAACAAAAAAAGUCCUCGAUAUUAAUGACCUUGAAGAAUCUAAGUUAUAAAUUGUAAACACCUGUUAACCUGCUUAAGGCUGAAGUGUCAUCAUCUGUCCUGGGCAUUGAAAAUCGGCGAUCGGUUUUGCUGAAAAUUUCAAACGAGGAACAUUCAAAAGGGACCAGGAAAUAUUAUGUUAAAAAUGAUAAUUUUAUAUUCACAUUAUGUUUUUAAUAGCUAACAAUGGUUGUGUAUAAAACAUCACA